AUGGCCUAUAGGGUCCGGGGCCGCGCGGGGCCAGCUCAGCCGCGGAGGGCGCGCAGGCUGCUCUUCGCCUUCACGCUCUCGCUCUCCUGCACUUACCUGUGCUACAGCCUCCUGUGCUGCUGCGACGACCUGGGCCGGAGCCGCCUGCUCGGGGCGCCCCGCUGCCUGCGCAGCCCGGGCGCGAGCGGCCAGAAACUUCUCCCGAAGUCCCGCCCCUGCGAUCGCCCGGGGCCGCCACCCAGCGCGCCCGGCCCCCGCGCCCCGGCCUCCAACCAUUCCGGGGCCCCGAAGCCGGGGACCAAGAGGCUGCCCCAAGCGCUCAUCGUGGGCGUGAAGAAGGGGGGCACCCGGGCCGUGCUGGAGUUCAUCCGCGUGCACCCGGACGUGCGGGCCUUGGGCACGGAGCCCCACUUCUUCGACAGGAACUACGGCCGCGGCUUGGACUGGUACAGGAGCCUGAUGCCCAGGACGCUGGAGACCCAGAUCACGCUGGAGAAGACGCCCAGUUAUUUUGUCACCCAGGAGGCCCCCCGCCGCAUCUUCAACAUGUCCCGGGACACCAAGCUCAUCGUAGUGGUGCGGAACCCGGUGACCCGCGCCAUCUCGGACUACACGCAGACGCUCUCCAAGAAGCCCGACAUCCCCACCUUCGAGGGCUUGUCCUUCCGCAACCGCACGCUGGGCCUGGUGGACGUGUCCUGGAACGCCAUCCGCAUCGGCAUGUACGCGCUGCACCUGGAGAGCUGGCUGCGCUACUUCCCGCUGGCCCAGAUCCACUUCGUGAGCGGAGAGAGGCUCAUCACCGACCCCGCGGGCGAGAUGGGGCGCGUGCAGGACUUCCUGGGCAUCAAGAGGUUCAUCACGGACAAGCACUUCUACUUCAACAAGACCAAAGGAUUCCCGUGCUUGAAAAAGACACAGUCGAGCCUCCUGCCUCGAUGCCUGGGCAAAUCCAAAGGCAGAACUCACGUGCAGAUCGACCCCGAGGUGAUCGACCAGCUGCGGGAAUUUUAUAGACCUUAUAAUAUUAAAUUUUAUGAAACCGUGGGGCAGGACUUCAGGUGGGAGUAA